CGGUGUACACGCGUACAAUAAGGAAGUGUAGCGUUUAUAAACAUAAACAUUAAUCCUGACAGCAGUGAGAGUGUGAACGAAUCCAUGAAGGUUACUGAACUGAUUCUGAUCCAGUCAAGAGCUGCAUGUGUGUGUCACAUCUGAUCGAUCAGAUUAUAUUGAUCAUUUAAUCUGUGGGAAAACCAGGAAUCAUGUCGAAGAAAUCCAAGAUCUUUCUCAGUGGAGUGGUGGAGGGGUUUUAUGGAAGGCCGUGGACUAUGACCCAGAGGAAAGAGCUAUUCAGGAGGGAACAGAAAUGGGGUUUGAACACGUAUCUGUACGCUCCAAAAGAUGAUUAUAAACACAGGAUGUACUGGAGAGAUCUGUAUUCACUGGAGGAAGCAGAUCAGCUCAUGACUCUCAUCUCUGCUGCUGAGGAGCAUCAUGUGGAGUUCAUCUACGCUCUCUCACCGGGACUCGACAUCACAUUCUCAAACCCUAAAGAAGUGGCAGCACUCAAGAGGAAACUGAGUCAGGUGUGUGAGUUCGGCUGUCGUUCGUUUGCGUUGCUGUUUGACGACAUUGAGACAGAAAUGUGUGCUGCUGAUAAAGAAGCUUUCAGCUCAUUCGCUGAGGCUCAAGUAUCUGUAACCAAUGAGGUUUUCCGACAUCUGGAGGAGCCCGAGAUCUUCCUCUUCUGCCCAACAGACUACUGUGCUGCGUUCUGCACCCCUAGUGUACCGCUGUCUUCAUAUUUAAACACGGUCGGAGAGAAACUCAAUCCUGCCAUUGACAUUCUGUGGACAGGGCCGAAGGUGGUGUCUAACCACAUCAGUGUGGCGUCUAUCGAGGAGGUGUCGUCUGUUCUCAGAAGACCGCCUGUGAUCUGGGACAACAUCCACGCUAAUGACUACGACCCACAGAGGGUGUUCCUCGGUCCCUUCAAGAACCGUCCUACAGAGCUCAUCCCUAAACUCAGAGGGGUGCUCACUAACCCCAACUGCGAAUUUGAGCCCAAUUUCGUUGCUGUUCACACGCUCGCCACCUGGUGCAAGUCAAACUCUGGACAGAAAGAUGUUUCUAUGGAUGUUGAGGAUCAGGGGUCGGACUACAACCCCCAUGAGGCUUUGCAGCUGGCACUCACAGAUUGGCUGGUUGAGUUUGGACAAGCUGAUCAACCUGAUGGUUCUCGCUCCCGCGGCAGUCGCUCGAAACGUGAUGCGUCUGAAGAGGAGCCGAUGCAGACAGACGGUUAUGUGCCGGGACCCAAAGAUAACCCGCUGUACACGGCUGAACCGCUGACCCUGAGUGACCUCACACUGCUGUCAGAGCUGUUUUACCUGCCGUAUGAACACGGGCCGACUGCGCUCAGAAUGCUGCAGGAACUGCACUGGCUGCGCAGUAACAGUGAUGCUGCAACGUUCGGUACCACGGCAACUGAAUCUGAAAAGGUACAAGAAUGGCGACAGAGAGCUGAAAAGUUUGAUGACAUGUGUGGUGCUGUUGUCCAGAUGUUCAACAGACUGUCAAACGCACCUAACAGAAUAAUUCUCUAUGAUCUCUACAAUUAUAUCUGUGACAUCAAGAGUGGAGUGUCAAUGGCUCGAGCCUUCAUCAAAACACUCGGUGGCCUGACCCCUCACCCUGCCAUGAUUAUAAACGAUGACCCGGAGCCUUGGGGCUUCAGAGGAGGACUGUCUGGAGAAUUCCAGAGGAUGUUGCCGUGUCAUGGUAACCGGGAUCUGUUCCGUACCCCACCUGCUACACGCGUGUACACCAUCCGCCCGUACACGCCUAAAGAUCAGUCGGAGGUGUUGAAGUUGUUUAAAGAGAUGCAGAGUGAAUCACUACAAAAAGUUGAGUUGGUUGGUGACAGGCUGGUGGAGGGUCACAUCACCCCGUCACAGAACUGCAGUGCGAUUCUAGAGGAUGUGUCAGGGGUUUGUGGUUACGUGUUCGCCCUCACGGAUGCUAAAACUGCCGUGACUGAAGCUCUGUAUCCAAAGACAAUGUUGCAGGAUUACCCAUCAGUCAUUGCCAUUCAGAUCCAUCCAAACGUUCCUGACCCGACUGCAGUCAAGCGUCUGAUUGGACACGUGCUGUCAUCACUGAGAGACAGUGGUUCUUCAGGAGUUUUCAGUGAGUUCAGAUCUAAUGACAGAAGAAUGCUGGACUUCCUCAAAACACUCAACUUAUUCCAGGUGCUCCAAGUCAACGGACUUCCGACAGACCUGGUCGUCAUGGGAACUAAACUGUGAUGUCACGAUUAAAGCUGAAGGACAAUCAGUCCACAUUUACACAUUAAAACCUGCUGAUGAUGUAACAGAAUCGAAUCGCUCAUUUAAAUGGAUAUUCG